AUGUUCAUCUACCUCAGCAAGAAGAUCAAAAUCGCCAUUCCCAAUCCAAUCCCGCUCAAAUCCAUUGCUUGGAAUCAAGAGCAGGGCUGGAUUGCCUGCGGUGGUGAAGAAGGCUUGUUGAAGGUCAUCAAGCUCGAAACGGCCAGCGACAAGAACAGCAGCAAUCUCACCUUGAAUCAAACCCUCUCUGGUCACAAUGGCCGUGUCGAGGUGGUGACUUGGAACGAAAACUAUCGGAAACUCACCACGGCAGAUCAAUAUGGUCUCAUUGUCGUUUGGAUGCUCUUCAAGGGCCAAUGGCACGAGGAAAUGAUCAACAACCGCAAUAAGAGCUUUGUGACUGACAUGAAGUGGAACUCGGAUGGCCAGCGCAUCUGCAUUGCCUACGAUGACGGCGAUGUCAUUGUCGGCCAGGUCGACGGUCAGCGCGUUUGGGGCAAGGGCCUCGGCUUUCACAUUCGCCAAGUCGAAUGGUCACCAAACGGCAAAAACAUCCUGUUCGGCAGCAGUACCGGUGAUGUCUUUGUCUACAACGAGCAGGGUGAUCAGAUUAGCAAACUCAACAUGAUCUGCCUUGAAGGCUUAACCGAGGCCAAGCUCAAAGCCAUGACCUGGUACAACGGCACUUUUGGCUACAUGCAGCGUAACGCCCCUGUUCUCGCCAUUUGCUACGAAAAUGGCCGGAUGCAGCUUAUGCGCAACAUCACCGACAGCAAGCCCAUCCUUGUUGACGCCAUGAUGCGCAUCUGCGCCGCCAAGUGGAACCACAACGGUACCGUUCUGGCCGUGGCGGGCAUUGAGAACACGGCGGGCUCCGAGGAGCAGACUUGCACCGUGCAGUUUUACUCGCCGACCGGCGAGCACCAGCGCAGCCUCCACGUCCCGGGCUCUGACAUUUCUGGCCUUGCAUGGGAGCUGGGAGGUCUCAAGCUUUCUCUCACCGUGGACAACUUCAUCUUCUUCGCCAACGUUCGCCCCGACUACUUUUGGGGCCACUUUGACAACACAGUUGUCUAUGCCUUCAGCAAGCCGCAGCGCGACGAGCACUGCGUCGUAUUCUGGGAUGUCAAGCGCAAGCAUCACACAGUCAAGUACAUCAAGAACCUCGUCAACAUUGCAGCGGCCGGCGAUCGCUGCAUCCUCUGCACCAAGAGCGACGAUGAUAGCGGCCAACACAUUCUCAUUAUGUGCAAUGCCAUGGGUACCGCCAUUGAUUCCAAGUACAUUGACAUUGAGCCCAUUCACACCCACAUGUCUGAUACCCACAUUGUGGCCGCCUCCAAUGAAUGUGUCUAUGUGUGGAACUUUGCCUCCAAGGUCUGCCAACCCAAUAUUUUUUUUUUUGUUUUUUUUUUGUUUUCUUGCGCCGUUUUCCUGCACAGUUGGCUUCGUCGCUUUGCCACAGGCCGCGUCUGCACCCCGUUUGCUCACGCAUCAUGCAUCCUGCUUGCCUUGGCCAUUCUUCGCGCCCGGCUGUCCCUACUUUUGCUCUACAAGUCGAGCGAAAAGUCGCGACGCACAGAUGAAAAGAUCUUCCACAUUGAUGACAGCCCCACAGGUGGCAAGGACACCGACCCUACACGCUUUCGCAAGGCGCGCACCACAACUCAGGACCCUGUCUGCGCCGUCUGCGUCUCGGAUCGUCUGCUGAUGGUCUCGCGCGUCUCUGGCGCUCUUCACCAAUAUGGCUUGCCCAAGGCUGCGCUCGAGAUCAAGCAUGCCCUUAAUUGCCGCCCCGAUCGCAUCCGCCUCAACUCUGACUCAACUCGGCUGGCCAUCCUUGAUAUUGAUGGUGUGCUCACUUUUUUUGACCCUGAAGCCAAGCGCCUCAACCCGGAGACUGGCAACGUCGUGUAUGGCCUGCCCGUGGAAGAUUUUGAACGCAAAGACGUUUGGGACUUCCGUUGGGCUGAUGACAACCCCUCACUCUUUGCCAUGAUGGAGCGAUCCUACAUGUACAUCUUCCGUGACCUUGACCCUGAAGAGCCCAUUCCCAGCAACGCCUACAUUAGCAAGUUUAGCAACCUGCAAGUCGAGUCCGUGGCACUGGAUGAGGUCAUGUCAGACCCUGAGCACCCGACCAACACGCACUACUUUGAGCGUGAAAUCAAGUCUUUGCGCGAUACGCGCACCCUUCUCAAGACUGUUACCAUUGAGGAUGCCUACAACUACAUUGAGCAAAACCCCCAUCCUCGCCUCUGGCGUCUCCUCGCCGAAUCGGCUUUGGGACAAAUGGAUCUUGACAUUGCAGACAAGGCUUUUGUUCGCUGCCAGGAUUUGCAAGGUAUCCACUUUGUCAAGCAUCUGGAAGCUUUGGGUGACAAGAAGAAGCAAGAGGCCGAGGUGGCGGCCUACUUUCAGGAGUUUGACAAGGCUCAACAGCUCUUGCUCAACAUUGAUCGCCGUGACUUGGCCAUUUCCAUGCGUCGCAAGCUCGGCGACUGGUUCCGCGUCAUUCAGCUUGUACGGGCCGGUGGCGGUGCCAGUGACCAAGAGCUCAAACACGCUUGGACGAGCAUUGGCCAGUACUACUUUGAGCGCCAGCGAUACCAAACGGCCCGCGAGCAUUUUGCGCAGGCCGGCUAUGUCAAGGGUCUGAUUGAGAGCUGCUUCCAUCUGGAAGAUUGGAAGGGUUUGGAGGACCAGAUUGAUGUGUUGCCUGAAGGUGAUGACUUGCUGCGUCGGGCAGGCCAGCUCUUGGCCACAGCAGGCUUGAGCGAGCUCUCAGGGAAGGCCUACGUUCGUGCUGGCCUUAUCAAAGACGCCAUCGAUGUUUGUGUCAAGCAAAAUCAGUGGGAUGCAGCCGUGACCCUGGCCAACGAGCACAACGUCACCGAGAUUGAUACGCUUUUGCACAAGUACGCUUCCCAUCUUUUGAGCAAAAACAAGAUUGUCGAAGCCGUCGAGCUGUAUCGCAAAGCAAAAUCACAUGUGGAUUGCGCAAAACUCCUCUUCGACAUGGCUGCCACUGCAUUGUUGAAUCGCAAGAACCUGCGGGCCAAGAAGCUAUUCGUUCUCGGUGCCAUGGAGGUUGAGCAGCACAAGGACCGGCGCAGUGGGGACCAGACCCUAGAGGGUCUGCUGGAGGAUGAUCAGCUGGAUGAUGAAAAGGCCAAGGUCAUCGAGCAUGCCUGGCGUGGCGCCGAGGCCUGUCAUUUCUUGCUGCUUGGUCAAAAGCAGCUGCAUGCCUCCAAGCCCUACGAUGCGCUGCGUUGCGCUGUGCGCUUGACCGAAUACGAUGAUAUCGUGGACCCGCUUUUGGCCUACUCCCUGCUCGCGCUGGCUGCUGCGGCCACACGCAACUACGCCAUCUGUUCCAAGGCGUUUGUCAAGCUGGAAAGUUUGCCCAAGCAGGGUCGCAUGAAGGCUCAAAUUGAAUCCUUGGCGACGGAGUUGUUCUCAGCACACCCUCCCAAGAAUGCGCCCGCUGCCACAUUGGAAUGCCCUUCCUGUUCUCACGAGAAUCCCGACUGGGCGACGUCCUGCCAAGCAUGUGAAAUGAAGUUUUUGGCCUCAGUCGCCAGCGGUCGCCCCAUGGUUGAUCUCGAGUACUGGAUUUGCGAGGGCUGCAAGCACCGGGCUGGCAUUGAGGAGAUUUCAGCCUACCAAUUCUGCCCUCUCUGCCACACCGCUGUUGGCCUGGAUUAAAAAAAAAUAAGCAGAUCAAAAGGAACGGGAAGCCGCUUGAAUCCUGUGUCCCUAACAGAUGGAUUUCUCACCAUGGCUACAGAUGUUUGAUGCUCGUUUGUGUUCUGUGUCUGCCGUGUUCACGCGAGGAAGUGACAUACGACAGCUGCGUGUACAAAAUCUUUCAAUUUAUGGUAC